AGAUCCCAUCUAUAUUACUUGCAUAGCGCAUACCGCGCGCUGAGGGCGUUUUCAACCACCUGCAAUUGUAUGAUCUUACUAAAUCUUAGUCGGAAGUGAAAGAAAACAGAAGCGAAAUGGGACGGAAAAGUAAACGGAAGGCCAAUCCUGGCCCAGAUGAAGUGUCUAAAGCAGACAGGAAAGAACUGAUCAAACUGUGUGGACAAGUUAUUGACUUUGCUGCUACUCCAAGCCCACCAACCCCUGGCGAACAAUGGGAAGAAUUCCUUCAGAUACACAACUUGAUUGAGAAAAUACGCAAAAGGCAGAAUGUGGCGGGAGAGCCAAUGCAGCAGUCGGACCGAGAAGUACACUUUGAGACAUUCUUCAAGUGGCUCAACACGAAUGGAGUUACAACAGAUGCUGUCAAGAUGGCCAAGUUUGAUGAGGGAUAUGGUCUCCAGGCCACACAAGAUAUCAAGAUGGAUCAAGAGCUGAUGAACAUCCCAAGGAAAGUAAUGAUGACUGAUCAGAAUGCCGUAGAUUCACCCACAAUAGGGGACCUGGUUCGAGGAGAUCGUCUUUUGAAAGGAAUGCCCAACGUAUCACUAGCUAUCUUCAUUCUCUCUGAGAAGUUGAAGUCUGACUCCUUCUGGAAACCAUAUCUGGACGUCCUUCCUUCAUCGUACAGUCUCCCGCUCUAUUUCACGCCCGAUGAGAUACAGCUCUUUCAAGGGUCUACGAUGUAUGGUGAAUGCUUGAAGCAGCAUAAAAAUAUUGCAAGGCAGUAUGCUUACUUGUUCAAACUACUCAAUUUACCUGAGAACAGUAAAUUGCAUAUAAGGGAGUACUUCACAUAUGACUUUUACAGAUGGGCAGUUUCCACAGUGAUGACUAGACAGAACCAAAUACCAGCUAAGGAUGGCAAGGGAAUGUCUCUGAGUCUUAUCCCGCUGUGGGACAUGUGUAACCAUGCCAAUGGGGAGAUGAAGACAGACUUCAUUGAAGAAAGAGAUUCCUGCGUCAACAUGGCUCUGAGGGACUUUAGCGUCGGGGAGCAGAUCUUUAUCUGCUAUGGCCGCCGUUCCAGUGCCGACCUGCUACUCUACAGUGGGUUUGUCUACCCGGGCAACGUCUAUGAUGGCAUGGCCAUACAGCUGGGACUAAGCAGCAGUGACAGACUCUAUGCCAUGAAGGCACAGCUCUGUUCCGUCAUGAAGCUUGGAGUGCCUUCCCAGAAUUACCACAUCUCUGCUGGAAAGGAACCAGUUACUCUGGAGCUGUUGACUUUCUUGAGGAUAUUCUGCAUGCAAGAUUUGGAGCUGAGAGAUCGUCUACUAGGAGACAACCGGGCUCAGGCUCUCUUCAGUCUGGUAGACAGAAGCCAGAUAAUCAGUAAGCUGAAUGAACUACGUACCUGUGUUUACCUGGCCACAAGGGUCACGCUACUCCAACGUCAGUACAAGACAUCCAUUCAGGAAGAUGAGGAGAAGUUGAAGGAUGGAAACCUCAGUGCUCAAGAGCGUUCUGCCCUACAGCUCCUCCUGAUUGAGAAAUGCACUCUGGAGAAUGUGUUGAAAUACUGCGCCUUCUGGAGAGAGAGAAUCGAGGCCUUGCCAGAAGACGCUACCGCCUUUGAAUUGAAGCGAGAAGAGGAUGAAGGCGUGGUGGUAGAGAAGUGGGAGGACAGAGAGGAGGUUGGGAGCAGUAAACGGACCGAUGGUGAGGACGGAGAUGGAGAGACCGGUAUACAGGGUGGUGUCGUUGAAGGUCUAAACGGGGUUCAAGGAGAAAAGGAGGAUGGAGUGGUAGGCGAUACCAAAGAGGUGGAGAACGGAGAAAAUAAAGAGAAAACAUCAGUAAAGGCAAAUGGAGAGAACACCAAGGUUAAUGGUGAUGGGGUCCUAGAGAACGGUAUAAACGGACAUGACGAGACUGGUAUAAACGGGCAGGAUGCCAGCAGCACUGGGACAAAGAUUAACGGAGGUACCCCAUCUCCAGCUAAAGGACUGGUCCCGGACUUGGACACCACCAUGAAGACCACACCCAACAAGAAUGCUAAUAUGAGUGACGGUGUGGUAUCAAAUGGCAAUGGCCAUGCCCAUGAUGAAAGUGAAAUACUUCCAGUUAACAGUGGGUUGAAGAAAGUCAAUGGUGCAAUAAAUGGUCACUCAGCAAUAGCUCCUGCUAGUGGGUCUAUAGAGGAAUAGAAAUCAAACACAGCUAUAUCAAAAAAAUAUAUGUAUAUGUGCAUUGAUCAAGUGUAAGUAAGAAUUUUUAUUGAUUACUGUUAGGUUAAGAAAAUCAUUUGAAGUGUAAACAUGUGUUUAUUGAAUGAUAUGAAUCAGGGAAAUGGGAAGAUAAUACAAUCUUUAAAAAUGUUUACGAAGAAAUUAUAGAUGAUUUUAUUUGUCUUUUGUGUUUGUGGGGCUUAAGAAUCCUCUGUUUUGUAAUCUUGUAAAAAUUUAUGAUUUUAAGCAUUCUUAAUGUAGUAAUCUACAUUCCUAAAUUUUUGUUGAACGUGCCAUCAUAUAAUAAUAUGCCAAAUCAUGCUGUUCUUUUAUGCCUCUAUAGACAUUCUUAAGAUUUGCUUCUUGUGCAAUUAGGCUUGCUUUUUCCAUUUUAAAGAAACCUUGGAUAAAAUCGUGUAGAGCAAUGCUACCUCAAUUUCUAAUAAGAAAUGUUUAAUCUGAAGAGACAUUAUGUCCUCAUAUGAAGUUUUGCUUUAAUCUGUUAAACAGAAUGGAGGCUGCUUAUAUGUAAUGCUAUGUCAUACAUACUUCUGACAAGCUGUUGGCGUGUCAAGAAAACUGUUGUUCAGUUAGGUUGCAUAAUAUUGAGAUACAAAGUGAAAAGGAUGUACCCUAAAAUCCACAGGGGUGGAUAUAUUUCCCUCUGAAUGAUGUGCAUGUAGAUAUUUUUUUCAAUUAUUUUCUACAUGAUUAACACUUAGCUUGCUUUCUUUGCCUAUCUGCACAGUCGCUAGUUUGCUGCACAUGCACUUUUGUACAAAGCAAUAGGCUCCAAUUGAUGAUGAAAGGAUUGCUUUGUGCAAGACAAUAGCUGUGCAAAAUUUCCAGGAUUGGUUAGGUACACGAUAACCCUUUUAACACUGUCAUAGAUCUUGCACCGUACCGGUAUAUCAAUUUGCCAAUUUCAUGAAAUAGUUUGUCAGUAACCAUUUUGUUUUCAUCAGUGAAAUACAGUUCACAAUUUGCUUUUAUUAAUUUUUUUCAGAUACUUUCAAUGUGCUUUUACAUUCUAAUUUGUCAAUUAUGGAGAUUUAUUCUUACACUUGUAGUUGUAUAAGCUUUUGACAUUGUCUAUGCAUGCAGCUAGCUCUAUCAAGAUUGUUGUCUUUCAUUUAUAGCCAUUUAAAAAAAGGGGUACUUGGUAUCAUUUUUUGAAAAGUCUGUUGUUACCAUGGACAUAAUGGUGGUUUCUUUAAUUCCAUUCAAAGAUGACAUUCCUCUUGUUGAUUUGACAAUCCAGCUCGUUCAUUCAUUUCUAUUUCCAAAAAUUAUUAAUGUUUAUGUUUGCAUGAAAUCAUUUUCCAUUAUAUUCAUCUUGCAUUUAUCUUUUGAAAUUACUUUCAUAAGAUCAUUGGUUAGUAUGGUAAUAUUUAUACCAAUGCAGAGUGAAUAUUUCCUUCAUGUUUUUAUGUCAUUGUUCAUUGUUUUUAUUUUAUCUUCAACAUUUUUACAAUGUUUGCUUUCCUUUUCACACACAAUCUCCUUCCAGUGGUCUGAAAGGAGGGUUAAACUUUUCGAUCAUUUUGCAUAAGCUACAUGUAGUUGAAGGUGCAAUGUAUUCAUUUGUGAUAAUUUUUGAAACACAAGGGUUGUUGAUGAUGUACAACUGAACUACAGAAGCUCACAUAAGUGAGUGCAUACACACCUUUUUGCAAAUAUGUACAUAGUUAAGUACAACUGUAAAAGCAGCUGUUCAAACUUUAAAAAGCCAGUAGACUAUGUUAAAAGCUGUACACAUUUGUGAGCUAUUGGAAAUGACAUUGAAAAGAAAUACCAUCAAGACAAAAAAUGACAAAUACAAAUAUCAUAGUCCCAUUCACAAUGUGAGAAAUAUUAAAAGCAACUAUUAGCAAUCCGAUUGAUUUGUCACAUAGCAUGGACAUUCCGAGUCAAUUCUUUUUGUUCUUUGUUGUUCUGAGUAACAUGCCUUGGAAAUCAUGCACAUGGCCUCAAUUUCAAUUUCAAAUGUUUCAGUUUAAUGUUGUGCCUGCAGAAUUCAGGAAAAUGGUUUAAUACUCUGUCCUGAAAUAAGAGAAUAUUAUGAGAACAAUGUAAAAGUACGUUGAGGUUUGCUUGAACAAAUCAUCAAUAUGAAUGGAGCUGUAUUUAAUAGCUAUUAUCAACACCAUUAUUCUAUGUAGGAAUAUCAAAAGAUAUGUCUUUCUUUUCAGCUUUGUUGUUUGUAUAGCAUUUAUGAUAUCAAAAUAAAAACAAUUGAAACAUGAAUUGAAA